UAAAGUUUACAGCCGAUUAUUUAAAGUUUAUUACCGCGUAGAAGCUGCUAAUGUCUCCUGGGCCAACAAACUGUAUCGCCUGUUCAAGCCAAACCGGUGGCGCGGCGCCUGGAGCUAGUUAGGUGCUUAGGAAAUACCAGCUGAGCAGGCAACUUGCAUGCUUGCACUGUUGCAGCGUUUAAACUUGCUAGCCGUACAGCCGGUGCUUCGCUAUUAAUCAACACCCAGCAGACUGUAGUCGUAAUGCUAAGAUUAUCCAUCUGUUCCUGUCUGCUGUGCAUUGUUUUCCAUGUCUGCACCGGUCAGGACGCUUUCCAGGACGACAUCCUGGGAUGCGAUCCCGCCGCGCAUCCGCCGUGUCCGCUGCAAACCGCCGCACCACAUUAUUACAAAAAGGAGGAGACGGUGUACAUUCCCUACGUCAUCGAUCCAGAAAUUGACGAUGCUUCGGUGGAGACCAUAACCGCGGCAGUGGACUCGGUCAGCCAGCAGACCGGCUGCCUGCAGUUCGUCCCGGUGGAGGACGCCCACCGUCGCGGCAUCCCGCGGAAACCGCUCAUCCGUUUCGCCCACGACGACCGCUGCGCGGCACAGUUCGACCCGGCGGCAAACCCGGUCCACAAGGUCUACCUGACGACGGACUGCGUCGCCACCGGCAAAACCGGCCGCAUCCAGGAGCUGCUGCUCCUGGCCAUGGGUUUCCCACGGGAAAUCGAUCGUCACGACCGGGAUGACUAUGUCGUCAUCAACUGGGAGAAUAUCGACGAAGCUCGCAAACCGGAACUGUAUAAAAACGAAGCCGGUGUUUUCGAUGCGCUGCCGUAUGAUUUCGCAUCCCUCCUGCAUCCCGGAUAUAAUUUCCUGAUGCGCAGUAAGAAAGCGCCCAGUAUCCUUCCCAAGACCCGGAUUGUCGUGGGCCUGCAGGAAAAGCUGAGCGCCGGUGAUAUAACAAAACUGAAGAAGACCGUUUGCGAAGGAACCCCGGGCACGCCAAGCAACAAGCGGAUGGCGAUCAAGCCCCGCCCAACGCCCACCACCAAACCCACCACCACGACAGCCCCGACGACAACCGACGAACCGGUGACCACGGAGGAACCGGCGCCGACGGACGCGCCAGCAUCAGGCUGCGGUUCGGGCUGCGAGGAGAAUCCAUCCGCCGUGGAAAUCGUGACCCCGUCGAUGAGCCUUCCACUGAAACAGUGCAGAAGAGGCCAGCCGGUAACGGUCAUCAACCGACAGACCAUGUCGCGGACCUUCAUCUACCCUCCGCGCACCCAGUUCCGUGCGCAAAGCCGCACAUCAUCCUGGUGGUUCGGCCAGAACGCCGACAUGGCGACGCGAGACCAUCUGGCCAAAUCGGUGGACUACGACGACUUCAAGGGUGUGGUUAGCACGGUAAAGACGAUACAGGCGGACGAGUCAACACGCGUGUUCCAGACGAAGUACGAGCCCAGUAUGAUGCCGGACGGCGGAGAGCUGCGGCAGACCAAAGAAGAGAUGCGGAUCAUGCAGUGCGCUGGUUGAAAGACAACUACACGCUACCAUCUCUUCCAGUACUCUAAUCCAGCCGACUGUGUUUGUUUGAAUUGCUGUCGUAUAAGACACUCGUAUCACGUAUGCACAUGUAGAAGCGAUGCAUAUCUAUAUUAUUAUACCGAUAAAAGAACAGUGGGUAAUUAUUAAUACGUCUAGUGUCGCGUCAUCGGCUGACGCAUCGUAUAGCACGUACGCAUCACGACAGUCUCAUGAAACCUGACAGAUGUCAUUUAUACAUUAAAUAAAUUAUGUCAUUUAUCGAUCUACAAAUAGAAGUAUUGGUAAUUAUUAUCUGCAUUAUUCUCUUAUCGGGUUAAUUUCUGUUUACUGUCAGAUUGAUCGAUACACCAGAUGUUUUCGCCUUCGUACAGUAUGUCGGUCUAAUUUUUGAUUUCGUUUUGAUAAAUUGUUCACCGUCUCCAAGCUUUAUUUAGUUUCUCUAAUAAU